GCCCUCUUAAAAAUCUUAUUUAUAUAUUUUAAUUAUACAGAAUCAGGCACUUACAGUAAGAUACUUUCUUAUUAUGAUUUUUGUGUAUAAUGUGAGUAAUUGAUUCAAAAUUUGGGGUUCGAGGGUUAUUAUAUUUUCCAGUCGUCUUAGUGCCCUAUUAUUUAAGCCCUGAAUAUAUAACAUGGUAUCAUCCAAAUGAUGCAAUGCAAAGUUUGAAAGACUGUCAUUUCUGUGCAUUAAAAUCACCAGAAUAUACAUUUAUCUCAAAAAUUAACUGAAUGGACAUGUAUCAGCAUGUUUUCUGCACUCAACAGGGUAUAAUCUAAGUUUGUUAGUUAUCUGUCUCCGGUAUGAAAUAUUUAUAGCAUUAAAAUUUUAUAUAAACUAUGAAAUAGAGGAGCAUAUUUUAUUUUAUGAAUUCUUUUCUUCAUGGCACAUCCUCUUAGCAAUUAUAAUGUCUUAGCCUUAUCAUUUGUCUACAGGAAAUACAGUUGACAUUCCCAUUGUCCAAAUUCAUCUUUGUGAUCUGUAAUUCAAUUUUAUGUCACUGUGCACGGCAGUGGGUCUUUUUGUGUACACAUUUCCAUUUAAAAUUCUAUGUAUUUAAACAGAAAUAAAUGAACAGUGUCUUUCACGUUAGCCUCAAAGUACAUUUUGACAAAUAGUUGUCUUGAAUCUAAAAUUUUACACUUGACUAAUGUGAUUACAUCCCAUACAAUUCUGUGAGGUGUAGCAACUUCAAAAAAGACCUCACUGGAAGUGUUAAAAAUCAAACUAAUAUUUUAUACUAUAUUUUAUAUUUCCCAUGUCUCUGAAAUUAAUAUAUUGGAUCUUUUGAAUAACAGCAAUAAUCUUAGGCAUAUAUUACCUUUUGCAACUUUUUUUGUGCUGUAUUACAAGUUUCCAUAUAUUGACGAAUCUAUUCUUAAAUCAGCUUUUAAAAUAAGUGGCAUUAACAUUCUUGUUUUGUACAUAAAACAUGUUAAGUUUUCAGAGUUAUUACAUCUUAUACAUAGUGAAAGCUGAAUUUUUUGCGCCACACUCUGCAACUCAACUCACGCCCAUAUGUCACAGACUAACUUGCUAUUAAGUUGACUCAAAUAUGCAGAUAUUUUCAAAAGUCAGAACUUGGGAGGAAGUUGCGGAUGUAUAAUUUAUGAAAGUUCCUCAUCAUUUAUUACCAACUUUUAGAACUCUCAUUGAAGCUAUCAAUAAAUGUAACUUACUGAUGUUAUAAUAAACAUUUACACCAAAUUGAUUAUUCAGAAGGAAAUGAGGUCACAGAAAAGCAGAUAAAUGUGUUGGUGGUGACUUGCUGGUCCCUAAAGACAGAGAAGAAUGAAGGGAAUCCCUCUUGGGUGCUUAUGCUGUCUGCCUGCUGAGUCACACAGCUUUGAAGGGGCUUUCCCUGAGACAGGGCUGUUCAGAAUUUGGAAGGAGUUUGGUCAUUAAAUAGCUCUUCUAAUUCUUGCAUCUCACAGUGAUGCUGCUGAUAGGCCCUCUGGGUGGGGAAAGCUGGGCUGUUUUUCAAGGUGAUUGUGGUUCUGUCCCUCCCCUCCAGCAACAGGCUCCUGCAACCAGCUUGGCCCACUGUCUUCCUCUCCCAAAUGCACGCAAGCCUAGGGAGAAAUCCCAGGCUUUUUCAAGGUAGAAGGCAAUAAAUGGAUAAUUAUUCCCUAUUUGUGCUCAAAGAUACUGGCAGCACACCAUAACACAGCUUUGGAUGACUGAAACGAGAUUGUAGAUGCAGUGACUUAUAAAUUACUUUAAAAUAAUAAAAAGUAUCAAUUCAUUUAUAAUUUUAAUAUCACAUAUUUAAGACUAUUACACAAAGUUUUGGUGCUACUUAGCAUUCAGAAAGUAAAAUGCAUUACCAUUUUUGUAUUUUUAUAGAAGAUUUUUAAAACCACACAGAUGGCUCUUCUGACAAUUGUUUGAAAGUUUCACUAUACAUUGCCCACACUGCAAUUUCUCUGAACUCAACUCUCUGAAAUUCAUAGGAUGAUACUGUAAAAUCAAAGCAAUUAGAAAAUGUUUAAAUUUCAUAUGCUGCAAUUACACUGAUAUUUCUUUUAACAUUCCUGCUGUGAAAUACCUUUAAGUGCAAUGAUUUAAUAAAGGCAUCUGGAGACUAAAAUUCCUCAAAGAUUCUAAUUGAUUAAUUAGACAAAUAAGACUGGGGGUAGUUAGGAGGCAGUAUUUUCAGUUUGUGAGCCUCCAGGAACUCAGCAUGACUUUCAUUCUCAUUUUCAGCAGAUAUUGUAGUGAGAGAUGAGCAUUUCAAUUUGCAGCUGACAGUUUAGGGUUAAGAUAUGAUUCCAGGUAACAGAAGCCAAUGAGAGUACACCCAGUUGAUGUUUGUGACAUCAUCUUCCAGCCGGAGUACAUAGAACAGCUGAGGUAGCGUUCAGUUUCAGCCCCAAUGCCAUUAUGAUGGAUGUUUACAUCUCUACAUUGAGAGCCAAUUAUCUCGCUUUUGUGUGAGGCCCAAGGAUCACUCAUGCUGCCUGACUGCACGGAGCACUGUUGGAUCUAGCUGAACGAAUUGUUUUCUGUGUCUGAGAUAUGAAUAUGGGGAAGAAGCUGAACCAGAAGCAGUAGUCUUGAUCUGCUCAAGAAGCCUGGGUAUAAACAGUCUCCAUACAGGAUAGAUUAUGACAACUUCUUCUUUAAGACUCUGUUCCUGCUUGGUCUCAGCGAAGUCCCUUGGUAGUCCCAAGAUGCUCCAAAGCACAACUAUCAUCCACUGCUCUGGCUCAGAAGUUGAAGUCACCAAUGGAGUCACCAUCAAACAUCCACUAUUGAAGAUGAUUAAAUUUCAUCAAAUUAAACAUUGUUUUCAAAUACUGGAUAAGAUGAGAUGCUUGCGAAAACGUUCUAUGGUGUCAUUCUUAGGAGUUCUUGUAAUUUUCCUCCUGUUUAUGAAUUUGUACAUUGAAGACAGUUAUGUUCUGGAGAAUAACAAACAACUAAUAAGGGAAACAUCCACGCAUCAACUCAAUUCAGAACGCUAUAUUCAUACUUUCAAGGAUUUAUCUAAUUUUUCAGGAGCUAUAAAUGUUACCUAUCGCUACCUAGCCGCCACACCUUUACAAAGAAAGCGGUAUCUUACUAUUGGAAUUUCAUCAGUGAAGAGAAGGAAAGGAAACUAUUUACUUGAUACAAUAAAAUCAAUUUUUGAGCAGUCCAGCUAUGAAGAACUGAAAGAAAUUUCAGUAGUGGUUCAUCUAGCAGACUUUAAUUCAUCCUGGCGUGAUGUCAUAGUGCAAGACAUUACACAGAAAUUUGCUCAUCAUAUUAUUGCAGGAAGAUUAAUGGUAAUACAUGCUCCCGAGGAAUAUUACCCAAUCCUGGAUGGUCUUAAAAGAAAUUAUAAUGAUCCGGAAGACAGAGUCAAAUUUCGUUCCAAGCAAAAUGUAGAUUAUGCUUUUCUGCUUAAUUUUUGUGCCAACACUUCAGACUAUUAUGUAAUGCUUGAAGAUGAUGUCCGAUGUUCCAAAAAUUUUUUAACUGCCAUCAAGAAGGUGAUUGCGUCAUUAGAAGGAACUUACUGGGUAACUCUUGAGUUCUCUAAACUUGGCUACAUUGGUAAACUCUAUCAUUCCCAUGAUCUUCCACGAUUGGCACAUUUUUUAUUAAUGUUUUAUCAAGAAAUGCCUUGUGAUUGGCUAUUGACUCAUUUCCGGGAUCUUUUGACACAGAAAAACGUCAUCCGAUUUAAACCAUCUCUCUUUCAGCACAUGGGCUAUUACUCCUCAUAUAAAGGCACUGAGAAUAAACUAAAGGAUGACGAUUUUGAAGAGGAGUCAUUUGACAUCCCUGAUAACCCUCCUGCAAAUCUAUACACGAAUAUGAACGUGUUUGAAAAUUAUGAAGCAAGUAAGGCUUACAGCAGUGUUGAUGAGUACUUUUGGGGAAAGCCACCUUCACAAGGAGAUAUUUUUGUUAUUGUCUUUGACAAUCCAAUUGUAAUUAAAAAAAUUAAAGUAAGUACCGGAACAGAAGAUCGGCAAAAUGAUAUUUUGCAUCAUGGAGCCCUGGAUGUUGGCAAAAAAACUAAUCUUAAUUUACGAGCAAGAACAUGUGAUACUUACUUAAGACUGGGGGAAUUCAAAAAUGGAAACUUUGAAAUGUCAGAAGUUAAUCAAAAAAUUCCAUUUAACAUAUAUUGUAUGAGGAUAUGUGUCACCAAAACACAAAAGGAAUGGCUAAUUAUUAGGAGUAUUAGCAUUUGGACUUCUUAGCCAAUUAAAUCAGAAUAAUCAACUCCUGAAACAGAGUUUCCUGUUUCUUUUCUUUUCUUUCUUUUUUUUUUUGUUUGUUUCCUUUUUUUCUUUUCUUAUUUUUCUAUUUUCCUCUUUUGUCACUUUUGUCUUUUAGAAGGAAAGCAAUGGAUGCAGUAUGCUAAAAGCAAAGUUAUUUAUCUUGGAAGUUUGAUUUAUACACUGUCAACAAAAUUUUGAUCUAAUACACCCUUUUGUUCAUUUUCAUUUUUGAUGUUGAAUAUCAUUCCAUAGUUAAUGUUACUUAUAUUUAAUGUUACUUAUAUUUUAUAUUUUUAAAUAUUCGUAGCUUCACAAUUUGAGCUAUCAAACUUUAACAUGAAAGUCUUAGAAGGAAAGAAAAAUAUUGAUUUUUGGAUGGUGAUUCUUGAAAAGUACUCACCAACUGUAUACAUUUACUGAAGUAAUACAUCAUACCAACAGAUAAUUUUUAUCAAGCAUUUGUGUGAAUAUGCAGUUGGUUAGAAUUAUAAUCUUAUUUUUCUUGUAAAUUUAGAUUUUCCUUGAGUUCUGUAUGUCUACUGUGAAUUGGUGUCUAUAAUUUUAUAUGUAAGUAGGGCUAUGGAAAUGAAAAAAAAAAGAAAAAUCAUUUGACUAAAUAUUUAUAUGAAAGGGAAUACUGUUCAUUGCUUAGAAACAUUUAAUUGAGCACUUCUUGUUAAUAAAUUUUCUGUGGGAAGCAGUCUUUUCUACUUUCCCUUUUACAACAAUAUAGAUAAAUUCCGUGUUUUCAGAUUAUUUAAAAACAAAACAAAAGCAAAAAACAAAAAACAAAAGCACAGAUUAUAUUUAAUUCAUGCAUUUGCUAGAAAACAGAGACAGUCUUUAAUUAACUUGUUUGUAAGGCAUUUCACUAUGUGCAGAUAAUAGAAUUGGAUUUUAUAUUUUCUAAACAUUUCACAUGAUUGAAUUAUUGCAAUUAUCACAGACAUUUUGGAAAUAUAAUGACAUAAAGAAGAAAAUAAAAACCACACACGUUAGCUGAUUUUUUUGUGCUGGCAGAACUAUUUAUUAUAGAAACCAGAUAAAUCACCAGUAACCAGACAAAGUUCUUUCCUUGCGUGGAGAUUGUCUUUUGUGUUGAUUAGCUUUGUAUUCUCUUGGUAUGUAGAUCAGACAAAAAAAAAAAAAAAAAAAAAAAAGAAAAAGAGAAAGAAAACUCUGCCAUUUUAAAAUACCCAGCAUAAUGGUUUCAUAAACCAUAUUAUCACAUUGUGAAAUAAUUCCGGGAUGUCCUAGUUGAUGCUUUGUGCCAUAUAAAUCCCAAUAGUAAACAAAGAGCUACAUGUUUACUAUCAGGGGUUGGGCAAUUGUGACUCUACUCUUCCAUUACACCAAUUCAGUCCUCCUUCCUGGACAGUGGUACUUUGAUAUUUGUUAACUGGUUCUGGAAGGCAGGACAAGUACCAAAAUAAUGAAUUUUGUCUGGGCUGGAAUGGGUAGCACCUUCCUAGGCAAUCAACAACUACAAGUUGUAGUUUGAAUAUUGAGUACCAAACAAAUGAAAAUUUCAGGGACAAAAUUUUUGCAUCAAAAUGUUUUGAGUAUCAACAUUGAUCAGUUCCAAACCAAUCAGUUGUUAACAAGGUAUGGCUAUCCUGUGAAGAUGAGUUUCUCUGAAUAUUCUGAGAUUUGUCUCAUACUUUUGAUUUUCAGAUGGGCAGCAAAAGCAAAGUAACCCAUUAUGAAGAGAAACAAAUGCUGCUUUAUAAGUGCUUAUAGAAAAAUUCCAUUACACAUUAAGCAUAUCUAUGGUGUGUGUGUGUGUGUGUGUGUGUGUGUGUGUGUGUGUGUGUGUGCAUCUGUAUGAUGGUAAGAAGAAAAGAGGAAAUCUUUGUGUUUUCUCUUCUAUCCUAGAACACAAUCCUCGUAAUCAAAGGUAUGAUAUAUUCUAAAACUGGGAUAUGUUAUUUAUUUAUCCUUUCUAAAUCACUUAAAUUGAAAUAAUGUGACUAAAAGAAAAAAUUUUUCUUUUCUUUAUAUAAAAUCUAUUGUGUGUUUUCUUUUAGUCAGUUACUAUAGUGUUGAAGAACAUUAUGGUGUUUAAGAAAGUGAAUAUUAAAAUAUUGUGGCACACCUAAGUCUUAAAUUCAUAAGAAAAUGUAAACACUGCCAAUUCCUCUAUCUUUGCCUUGAUUUAGAGGAUCUGGCCAGAUACUUAAAUAUUUUCUCAUAUUUUAUUUUUCUUUUAUUAAUCAGCUAGCUGGAUAACACUGUAUAUCACAAAUUAUUAAUAUAUGUCUGUACUCUCAAUGGCAAAAGGUACACAAUUUUAUCCCAAAGAUACAUACUAUCAAAACCUAGAUAGAUUAUAACAAAUGAGCUGUAGACUUUUAGAUAUUCUUUUCAGAAUAUGUUUUCCAAGGAAAACUGUUGCCAUCUUUUAGUUUAUGAAAAAUGCUUCAGUAAAGAUUGUUGAGUGUGUAAGGCAAAUCAAUGUUUACUAGAGAAUAAUGAAUGCAAAUAUGUUACAAAAAUAAGCCACAUUUUAUUUUUAGAUCCUUUUAUUAAUAUAACUGAGAUUGGAUAAGUCAGUUGGUCAUCUAAGGGCUUCUGAUAUUUUAUACGAAAAGACCAUUAUUGACCAAGGAAGCAUCUUCUUUAAGAUUAAUUAGGAGCAAAUAACCUCAGUCUUUCCAAAAAAGAAUCUGAAUAAACAUAGUUUACAUGGCUUAGUAUCGCAUUUCCUAUGAAUAAAAACUAUGAGUACAGAUGUGGUAAUCUUGUUUCAUAUGCAAAAAGCUAAAAUUACAAUUAGGUUUAACUAAUAUAUAAAGUAUUAUGUGACCUCUUUUUGUAGUAAACAUAUAUGCUUAAUAAUAAUAUAUAUAUAAUAAACUAUAUAUUCAUAUAGAUUAUUUGCCUUGUUUUAAGAAUCCAUUGAAAGGCAUUAAUAUGAGUAGCUGAGUCAUUUAAUCAUCAUGAAAAUAUGUUCCUGAUAGAUUUGAAGCACAAAAUAUGACAUAUCCCUUAAAUAAUAUCUCGUAUUUUUAUACAAAUUUAAGUUAACCCCAAAGUUUACUUACAAUAGAUAAAUUUCUCCUUAAGAGAGACUUCCCAACAUUUAUGGGUAACAAAAAAAUUUAUCUUGUAAAAGCACAAUAAAAUUUGGAAAAUAUACUAUUUUUUAAAAAAUGUGCAUUUUAGAAGCAAUAACAAGUACAGAUAUAAAAUUAUACAUAAAAACAUUAAUGUGAGCAUUUUAUAAUUGAAACCCAUAACUUGUGCAAUUUAUAGAUACUUUCCAGUUUAUAUAAUUGGGUAACUAAUGUGUCAUUUAUAUGUCUUUAUCUGACAUUGCUAAAUUUGUUUAAGACUUGAACACACUCUUCUUGGGCUAGUAUCCUUUGGUUAUUUUAUAUUGCUAUGAUAGAAACUAUGCUGACAAAUAAUGGAGUAAAAGGCACAAAUGAUGAAAAUAUUUGGUAUAUGUUUAAAUUUUAAAAAUUAUUGCAAUAAAAAACACAUUGCCACUAUUCCCACUCAAAAUACUCUUUUCAAGGAACACAUCUAUAACAUCAUUCAUGAAGCUUUUAACACCUUUUUAACUGUUUAAAAAAUAUCAACUUUCUGGUGUCUUUCUAGUGCUCAUAAAAUUUUCAGUUCACUGCCAGUAAGGAGACUCGGAAAUGAUGUCCAAACUUAAAUUAGGUAGAUUAUUUCUUGGUCUGCUUGAGUUUCAAUGCUUAGACUUUUACUACUUUGAAUUUCUUCUCUUCAGUUUGGGAUCAUUCUUGUUAGGAAAGAAACAGCCAUAACUACAUAGGCUUUGAUUAGUUCUUUAUUCUUGUUUAUUUCUGCUUUAUUUUUAAUAAUUUCUAAACCUAAAGAGAAAAAGUAUAUUUUCACUAUAUUUUGGAUAAACACCGAAAACACUGCGUAUUUUUGUGCACCUACAACCUUACUCCUCCGCUUACAUACACAUCCGUGUGUGUAUAUUAUGUCUAUAUGUUAUAUUUAUACUGUAUAUGUGUAUUUUGCAUAUGUAUGUAUGCAAAUGCUUAAGCAUAUUUUUUAAAUAUGUGCAGAUAAACAUUUCUGUAUGUGUGAUAAUAUUAGAGACAGUCAGAGAAAGAAAGAGGGAGAGUAUAAAACUGGAAGUUCUAUCCUUUGCAAUAUUUUUAGCCUCUACAUCUGUAAUUAGUUGUGGCUUUAGUUUUCUAAACACACUGUCCUCAUGAUUCUGUUCACUUCCUGAACUUGGAUUGGUUACGUAUCCUUACAUAUUCCAUGCAUGACAAUUUUUAAAUAGCAUAAUGUAGAUGUUUAUGCAAAUGUUUAUAAAAUAUUUUUUUCAGAA